AUGUUGGACUGUAAGCCAAUAUCAACUCCAAUGGAGGUGAAUGCUAAGCUAUCUGCAUAUGAAGGAAAGGACUUGGAGGAUGCUACUAUGUACCAACAAUUGGUAGGAAGUCUUAUCUAUUUAAAAUUGACACGGCUAGAUAUUUCAUUUGCAGUUGGAAUUGUAAGUCGCUGUAUGCAAAGUCCAAAGAAACCUCACUUGGAAGCAGUUCAACGAAUAUUAAGGGACGUUAAAGGCAUUAUACACAUGGGGCUUCUGUAUAAAAGAGGAGAAGAAUGCAAGUUGCUUGGUUACUGUGAUGCCGACUAUGCCCGAGAUUAUGAUACACAGCAAUCAACUACUGAAUACAUAUUCAGCCUUGGUUCAGGAGUAGUUUCUUGGUGCAGUAAAAGACAACCAACUGUAUCUCUGUCAACUAUAGAAAUAGAAUAUAGAGCAGCUGCUAUGGCAACCUAA